ACUUCUUUGUCCUCCAUUUUGAAAAAUAUUCUUUGAAAUUAUGAAAAUCGUUCUUGUUCUUUUCGUCGCUCUGUUUGGUCUUUGCAAAGGAUCUUAUGAUUUUCCCUUUCCAAGAAGUAGUAGCGGCUGCAACGAUCUGGGAUUGGUUGAUCAAAUUGUGAACACUUGGAAGGAGAAUUCUAAAAUAUUAAGAUUUUUCACAAACUUAUACGACUCAAUUUCAAUAUAUAUAGAUAUAUAUAGACCAAUGGCGGAACGUCUUGUUUGUCAAUUAGCUGAUGCCAAAUCAGAGAGAGAGUUUAACCAAGUAAUAACAAAUACAUUCGGUAUCGAUGGUUAUACUUUAGCGGUCUACGAGGACAUCUUUUUUCAAAAUCUUAGGCCUAUCAGGGAAUAUGAAGAAUCCUUGUCGGCAUGGACAGAUCUAUUAGAAUUCUUAGAGAAACAUUGGAAAGGUAAAUUUCCCAUUGAUGCUGAUUUUAUCGAAGUGAAAAGUUUCCUCGAAAAAAUGAAUGAAAAAUAUGGAAAUCAUUGGCUAGCCCUACUGAUCCCUGCUGAAAAUGUUGCUGACUACUACUCAAUAGCCCUAUUUGAGAUAAACAAUGACGAAAUUGACAAAUUAGCAAUUUUGAUAAGUGAGGCGACAUCUGUUGCUGAAUUUGCAGAGCAAUUGCAACUUCCAUCCUAUGAAACGAGACAUGUCGUCGAUUACUUCAAUAUGAUAUUAACAAAUAAAUAUCCAGCUGAUUGGAGAAUCUUUGUUAAACUAUUUAAAGAGAUAAUUAAUAUUCUUAAAAUAUCCAAAAAACUAGGCUUCCUCGAUAUCUUUUAGACUUUUUAUAAUCUCCAAUAAAUGAUUAGCUCUGGCAAAUAUACAAAUUUAUAAUAAAUAAAUAAAUAAAUAAAAACGACAAAAUCUUCCAUUAUCGCUCAAAUACGCAAAAAAUAACUUUUUUUUAAUUUAAUA